AUGGAAGGCGAGUUAAAACCACUUAAGGUGAAGGCAUUGCAGGUAAUAGGUCAACCCGCAUUACAGACACACUACAUUGCUGGCGACGAAUUGGUCGUCAUAGAUCUGUUGGACCGGUUCAGUCAUCUUGGCAAGCUACUGCGCACUACUGCAUACAUAUUGCGUUUCCAAAAGGCACAUCAGCGGGUUCGUUCGCAUACACACAUCUGUACAGGCGAAGUGGACAUUGCUUUAAAUAACCACAUCAAGGCAGAUCAAGCGAAAUAUUUCGCAGCGGAAAUCAAGCAGCUGAAAAAGGCACAGCCCAUAUCCACAUCCAGCAAGCUCAUUGCACUGAGUCCAUUCAUCAACUCCACAGCGGACAAUAUAUUGCGAGUAGGCGGACGCCUACAUAAUGCGAGGGUGGCAGAGCCACAUCAUCAUCCAAUCAUUUUUCCGAAGGAUAGCACAUUGGCCAGGCUUUUAAUAUGGCAGGUGCAUCAGGACACACUUCACGGCGGUAUACAAAUUAUGCUUCAUACGAUUCGACACAAAUAUUGGAUUUUACAGGCACGCAUUUUGGUCAAGCAAUGCAUACCUUCAUGCGCGAUUUCCAGGCGGCAUAAAUACAUAAUGCUAAAACAACGUAUGGCGACAUUACCAAAGGCUCGGGUCACCCCAUCUCCACCAUUUGCAAGAUCUGGUUUAGACUAUUGCGGUCCAUUCAACAUUCGGCUCCAAGGCUGUACGAACCGUGCGGAAGGCUUACGUAGCAAUCUUUGUGUGCAUGGUAACCAAGGCAGUGCACAUCGAACUGGCUGA